CCUCCUCUCAGCCCUCAGCCCUCCCCACCCUCUGUGCCCUGCAGCGUGUUCCAAAGAGCAGCCAUGUCCGCCCUGUACCCGUCUCUGGAGGACCUGAAGGUGGACCAAGCCAUGCAGGCCGAGGCCAGAGCCGUACCCAGGAUGCCCGCCCUGCUGGGGCAGGCAGCAGACUCCCAGCCUUCAGUUUUGUACCCAAACCUGGCAGAAUUGGAAAGUUAUAUGGGUCCUUCGUUCUCCAACCACGAAGUCCAGCAGAACCUGCCUCAGAUUCCAGAAGGUGCCAGUGCAGCGGUCUCGGGCCCCUCACCGGACCAGGUGGUGGCGCCGGUGUCCGGGAACAGCAUGGGCGUGCUGCCUGGGGAGGUCAAGCCUGCGGUGCGCGAGAUCCACCUGUGCAAGGACGAGCGCGGCAAGACGGGGCUGCGGCUGCGGGCCAUCGACAAGGGGCUCUUUGUGCAGCUGGUCCAGGCCAACACCCCCGCGUCCCUGGUGGGGCUGCACUUUGGGGACCAGAUCCUGCAGAUUGACGGGCGCAACUGUGUCGGGUGGAGCACAGACAAAGCCCACCGGGUGGUGAAGAAGGCGUCGGCUGAGAAGAUUGUCAUGGUUGUUCGGGACAGGCCAUUCCAGCGGACCGUCACCAUGCACAAGGACAGCACAGGCCACGUCGGCUUCGCCAUCAAGAAGGGGAAGGUCAUCUCUUUGGUCAAAGGGAGUUCUGCGGCCCGCAAUGGGCUCCUCAUCAACCACUACGUGUGCGAGGUGAACGGGCAGAACGUCAUUGGGCUGAAGGACAAAGAAGUCAUGGAGAUUCUGGCCAUAGCCGGGAACGUCAUCAACCUGGCCAUCAUCCCCACUGUGAUCUAUGAGCACAUGGUCAGAAAGUUGUCCCCAACCCUGCUCCACCACACCAUGGACCACUCCAUCCCUGACAUCUGA